GUUUCUCCAAUCCAAUCCCCAACCUGCGGAACUUUACAGGACACAAACUUUUGGGAACCUCUAAUCUUAUUAGAAGACAAGCAGUUCCUCAUUUGCUUUGCACUUGCAUUAUUUUGCAUUUUAUCACAAUGUCCCAAGAGACGGGACUUUGGAGUGUCCGUCGUCCGCGAGAGACUCUUGGUGGCAUCAAUCCGAAUACCGCUAUACCUGUACCAGCAUCAGCAAUGAAGAGGUCGAACUCGAUUGGCGGAAAUGGCGGUGGCACGUUUUCGAGCAGCCAUAUGCGAUCAAUGUCGGGAUCUAGGCAAUCCCUCCUGGCUCGCCCUAGCCAGCCUAUGUUUUCGCGAUCUUCGUCCGGCGCCAACCUAGCCGAUGUAGGAAUGUCAUCAGUGAAGCGUUCAUCCUUUCAGAAUGUUCCCGGCUCUACGAUAAAAAGCUAUGCUUCUGGCGGUGUGCCCAUGCGAAACUCGGAGAGCGAACGAAGGAGCAGUGUCUACCGAUCUCGAACGUCUACAAACGGUCCCGGAAACCAUCAGAGCUUCUUUCAACAAGCACCACAAGCUGCUGGUGUACCACGCGACCCGCGACCAUUGAAGGAUCGUUCGUUCCAGGCGCGAAUCGGUCAGGAACUCUUAGAUUAUUUAUCGCAACACAACUUUGAGAUGGAAAUGAAGCACACUCUAUCGCAUAACAUAAUCAAGUCGCCUACCCAGAAAGACUUUAACUAUAUGUUCCAAUGGCUAUACCAUCGCAUCGACCCGAGCUAUCGCUUCCAAAAGAAUAUCGACCAGGAGGUUCCUCCAAUUUUAAAGCAGCUACGUUAUCCUUACGAUAAGAGUAUCACCAAAUCUCAAAUCUCUGCUGUGGGUGGUCAGAACUGGAGCACCUUUUUAGGCUUGCUACAUUGGAUGAUGCAAUUAGCACAGAUGCUCGAGGGCUAUUCAUGCAACCGCUACGAUGAAGCCUGCAUGGAGAGCGGGGUUGACGUGAGUGGUGAUCAUAUAAUUUUCGACUUUCUAAGUUCAGCGUACCGAGACUGGCUUGCUAUGGACGAGGACGCCGGUGACGAUGAUGCUGAGAGAGUGCUUGCGCCCCACGUAGGAGCUAUGGCUAAAGCUUUCGAGAGGUCAAAUUCCAAGUAUUUAUCAGAACUUGAGAUGCUCGAAGCAGAGAACGCUCGACUACUCAAGGAAAUUGAGGAUCUAGAGAAGUCGACCCCUGAUCCUCGUGUUCUUGAUAAUCAUUUCAAGAUCAUGGAGGAAGACAAAAUCAAGUUCGAAGAAUACAAUGCGCUUGCUGAAUCAAGGACUGAAAAAUAUGAAAGCCGCAUUAAAGUCUUACAAGAAGAACUUGAUAAGUUAUUGGAGGAGCUAAAGGAAGCAGAAGAGGAGCGCCGUGAGCUGCAGAAAGAAGUCGACGGCCAAGGCAUUAGCAUGCAGGAUAUUGACCGCAUGACUUCGGAACGGGAAAGACUUCAGAAGGGCAUAGAGUCCGCUACCCAGCGACUUGACGAAGGAAAGAAAAGGGUCGCAGAGAAAGAAAUGGAAGCGAGCCGCAAGCUCGAUGAGCUAGAGAGGCUCAUCGACAAAUACAACACACUCGCUUACCAGAUCGGCCUCAUUCCUUCGUCAGCAGUAAAUGCUAAGGGUGUCGCAUACGAAUUGGCAGUGACUGUCAAUGAGUCAGACUUCACGGGCUCCAUCAUGAAGGGAUCGUAUUCGACCGGAGGAAGUGAACGCCUACUAGCUGAUCCAGUAACCGGCUACCAACCAGCACACAUCCUCAACUUAGAUUUGCGCGGGCACGUUAAGAACGACUUCAUAGCUCUGCGAAAGGAGAUUUCGGAGCGACGGACUGCAGCCAUGGAUAUCAUGAUGAAGGAGCACGAUCUACUCGACGGUAUUAAGGAGGCAAUCGAGGACAAACAGAACGAGGUCGAGGCUCUAGAACACAGAGUCAGAGCCGCAGAGGAGGAGUACGAGAAGACCAAGGAGGUCACCAUGACGCAGAAGCUGGCCUCGGACACACAGAUCGAGAAGAUGGAGAAGGAACUUGCCAAAAUGCGAGCCCAACUUACCGAAUCUGUUCAGCUGAUGGAACAAAGAGAGAUGAACACCAACAUCGAAUAUGAACAAUUAACUCUCCGAGCGAACGCGCUGCGCGAGGAACUACACACUGAGAUCGAGAGGAUGCUCAACGAUAUCAUCAAAUUCAAGGUGCACAUUCAGAAGAACCUGGAAGACUACGAGGGCUUCGUAGCAGACGAGCUUGAGAAGGAACUCGGUAGUGACGAGAUGAGAGAAGAUACCCGCGGCAUUGAGAUGUGAUUUGAAUUUCGUUGCUUGGUUAAAUCAAGCCGGUUGCUGCGUUGGCGUUUCGCGGUGUUGCCUUGUACGGAGUUCGGUUGGACUACAAGUGAUGACCGUAAUGAUGAUGUGGUAGACGUUCUGAAUGAUGGUUAGGGAUACCUUUUACCUAGUAUGGUCUUAUUCUUACGAACGAUUGUUAUAAUGCAAGUUUCAAUAUAUGAGCAAAAAUAAA